UGGACUUCCUCGCGGCCGCGCUCUCGGCGCCGCCGGAGGAUCCGCUCUGCGUCCUCGCCGGCAUCGUCGCCUGCCCCCACCCGGACGCCGCCGCCGCCGCAGCGACAGCGCCGCCUCCCGCUCUAGUCCAUGGAGCGGCAGGAGGGUCUGGACAUCGGGUCUGGCUCGAUGGCGGAGGACGUCGUGUACCACGACGCCGUCUUCCUUUUCCUCACCAAGACGGAGAACCUCCGCGUGGCCAUGCUGGUCCAGAACCACGACGGGGGCCUCGACGUGGAGCGGAAUUCGCGGCUCUUCCGCCACCCCGGUGGGCGCGUCGACGAGCAGCUCAUGGUCGUGAGGAUCAAGCCUCGUCCUCAAGAGCCGUGGACGUUGGCGUUCAAGGUGUUCCUGGCGACGGAACGGCAGAGGCCAGACGCCGACGACAACUCCCCCCUCGCUCGGUACUACACCUGGGCAUGGAGCGAGCUGGACACGCUGGGUGGCCGGAUGCUGUUCGUGGGGCGAGGCUGCUCCAGAUCCUACGAGGUGCACCAGAACCCGGGCUUCAAGGAAGGUAUCUACUUCUUGGACGAUGGGGAAUUCUACGACGAGGCAGUGAUCUUCGCCGAUGGCAACGAGAGGCAGUUCCGCUGCAGCGACAAUGGGAAGUGGUCUCAAGGCCAUGUCCAGCGCUGCCUGCCAAGGCCAGACCCAUCAAACCACUCUCCUCCGGCUUGGCUUCUCCCGUAAGGCCAGGCGGCGGCUGGUUUUGGGUGCACCAUGAUCCUCGAGUUGGCUAGUUUCAGAUCAUGUAGUUUGAUGUGCGGAGGUGGUUGCCGACUGGAAUGAUGUUUUCAGAAUUCAGAUGGUUUUUUUUGGUUACCCUAUGACUAUGAUACUCGAGUUGUUAGUUUGAAAUCUUGAUGCGACGU